AUGCCCACCUAUGUGGUGUUAUGUAUGCCCACCUAUGUGGUGUUAUGUGUGCCCACCUAUGUGGUGUUAUGUGUGCCCACCUAUGUGGUGUUAUGUAUGCCCACCUAUGUGGUGUUAUGUAUGCCCACCUAUGUGGUGUUAUGUAUGCCCACCUAUGUGGUGUUAUGUGUGCCCACCUAUGUGGUGUUAUGUGUGCCCACCUAUGUGGUGUUAUGUCUGCCCACCUAUGUGGUGUUAUGUAUGCCCACCUAUGUGGUGUUAUGUGUGCCCACCUAUGUGGUGUUAUGUAUGCCCACCUAUGUGGUGUUAUGUAUGCCCACCUAUGUGGUGUUAUGUAUGCCCACCUAUGUGGUGUUAUGUAUGCCCACCUAUGUGGUGUUAUGUAUGCCCACCUGUGUGGUGUUAUGUAUGCCCACCUAUGUGGUGUUAUGUAUGCCCACCUGUGUGGUGUUAUGUAUGCCCACCUAUGUGGUGUUAUGUGUGCCCACCUAUGUGGUGUUAUGUAUGCCCACCUAUGUGGUGUUAUGUUAUGUGUGCCCACCUAUGUGGUGUGUGCCCACCUAUGUGGUGUUAUGUAUGCCCACCUAUGUGGUGUUAUGUGUGCCCACCUAUGUGGUGUUAUGUGUGCCCACCUAUGUGGUGUUAUGUAUGCCCACCUAUGUGGUGUUAUGUAUGCCCACCUAUGUGGUGUUAUGUAUGCCCACCUAUGUGGUGUUAUGUAUGCCCACCUAUGUGGUGUUAUGUGUGCCCACCUAUGUGGUGUUAUGUGUGCCCACCUAUGUGGUGUUAUGUAUGCCCACCUAUGUGGUGUUAUGUAUGCCCACCUAUGUGGUGUUAUGUGUGCCCACCUAUGUGGUGUUAUGUGUGCCCACCUAUGUGGUGUUAUGUGUGCCCACCUAUGUGGUGUUAUGUAUGCCCACCUAUGUGGUACGCGGGGCUCAAGGCAUUCCCAUGGCAGACGCGGGGCUCAAGGCAUUCCCAGGCGACCUGGAGGUCAUGCACGCUAAGGCGUCCAGCCUGCACAUGCUGGAUGCGGCUCGCCACCUGCUGGCCUACACGGUGUCGCGCCUCGACCAGCCCUUCUCUGCCUUCCGCAUUGAUGACGACCUUGAUGAGGAGUGGCGGGUGAGAGUGGGGGGUGGGAGUGGAGUGGAGGGUGGGAGACAUAGGGCACGUGUGAGUGAAGAGACAGAGACAAGUGGGCGACGGGGGGGGCGGCCGGAGGAGCUGCCGGGCUUCGUCCCGCUGGCGAUCCCCGUGCACCAGUUGCAAGCUGCCACGUGGCAGCGACUGCCGCGCUUGUCAGGGGCGGCAGUGCAGCUGGUGGAAGCGGCGGACGUGAUUGGUGCUCGCACUCACUACGACACCGAUAACAUGCUGCAUAACACCCAACAGGUGCGCCUGGCAUGGCAUGGCAUAGCAUCUGCGCAUGGCAGGGCUGGCGGCCCUAGACAUGAUCAGAUGCGCAUCGCCCCUUGCCUCUCCUCCCCUCUCACCCCAACCAACCCAUCCACCCCGUCCUCCACCCCUCAGCUGCGCAUGGCAGGGCUGGCGGCCCUGGACGUGAUGCAGCAGGUGAGGCGCACGCUGCUGCUCAUUGCGGAUCAGAUGCGCAUCGCCCCUUUGCUCUUUGGGGCCGACGCGAGGGAUGGGGACGGUGGGGCAGGUGCGGCCGACGGGGCGAGUGGGGGGCGGGAGCUGUGGCGGGAGCAGCUGGAGGAGGCGCAGCAGCAGAGGCUGGGCGGGCAGCGCACUGGCCGCAGCCGUCAAAGCAGCAGCAGCGGCGGCGGUGGCAGCAGCGUGGCUGAAGGCACUGAUGAAAGCAGCACUGACAGCAGCAGCAGCGGUAGCAGCAGCAGCAGCAGCAGCAGCAGCAGCAGCAGCAGCCGUGGGGGUGGGCAGAGUCUGUUGGACCGAUCUGACCUCAUGACCAGCUGGCGCCACAUGUUCCGAGUGCUGGUGGCGUGGAGGCAGGUGUCAGACGCCACGGAGACCGUCGCAUGGAAGGCGUUCGCCCAGGGGCAGGCAUGGCCGGAGGACAUGCUGUAUUGCACCGGCACACCCAUCUUCACAUGGGUCAUGGGCACCGCUCGCUACCUCGCCGCCUAUCCCAACCCUCUUCCUUUCCUCCCAGCCCUCUUCCUUUCCUCCCAGCCCUCUUCCUUUCCUCCCAGCCCUCUUUCUUUCCUCCCAGCCCUCUUCCUUUCCUCCCAGCCCUCUUCCUUUCCUCCCAGCCCUCUUCCUUUCCUCCCAGCCCUCUUCCUUUCCUCCCAGCCCUCUUCCUUUCCUCCCAGCCCUCUUCCUUUCCUCCCAGCCCUCUUCCUUUCCUCCCAGCCCUCUUCCUUUCCUCCCAGCCCUCUUCCUUUCCUCCCAGCCCUCUUCCUUUCCUCCCUGCCCUCUUCCUUUCCUCCCUGCCCUCUUCCUUUCCUCCCAGCCCUCUUCCUGUCCUCCCUGCCCUCUUCCUUUCCUCCCUGCCCUCUUCCUUUCCUCCCAGCCCUCUUCCUUUCCUCCCAGCCCUCUUCCUUUCCUCCCUGCCCUCUUCCUUUCCUCCCUGCCCUCUUCCUUUCCUCCCAGCCCUCUUCCUGUCCUCCCUGCCCUCUUCCUUUCCUCCCUGCCCUCUUCCUUUCCUCCCAGCCCUCUUCCUUUCCUCCCAGCCCUCUUCCUUUCCUCCCAGCCCUCUUCCUUUCCUCCCAGCCCUCUUCCUUUCCUCCCAGCCCUCUUCCUUUCCUCCCAGCCCUCUUUCUUUCCUCCCAGCCCUCUUCCUUUCCUCCCAGCCCUCUUCCUUUCCUCCCAGCCCUCUUCCUUUCCUCCCAGCCCUCUUCCUUUCCUCCCAGCCCUCUUCCUUUCCUCCCAGCCCUCUUCCUUUCCUCCCAGCCCUCUUCCUUUCCUCCCAGCCCUCUUCCUUUCCUCCCAGCCCUCUUCCUUUCCUCCCUGCCCUCUUCCUUUCCUCCCUGCCCUCUUCCUUUCCUCCCAGCCCUCUUCCUGUCCUCCCAGCCCUCUUCCUUUCCUCCCUGCCCUCUUCCUUUCCUCCCAGCCCUCUUCCUUUCCUCCCUGCCCUCUUCCUUUCCUCCAUGCCCUUCCUUCCUUCCUUGCCCUUCCUUCUCUCCCUCCAUCCCCAUCACAGGGCGGGCGGUGAACGUCACAAGGAGCGGCCUGCUGCAGGCAGAGAGGGCGUUUGAUGCCGACUCGCACCAGCCCUUGGACGUGCCUCGCUCCACCUUGGACGUGCCUCGCUCCACCUUCGGCGCCCAGGUGUGCGACUCGUUUUACAGUGGAACUAAAGUGCUACUACCAACGCUCCCUGAACAUUCUCUGAACAUUCCAACAGCUGGAAGCAGCGGAGGAUCACAAGGGGCUCUUCAACGUGAUUGGCCGGGACUUCUACUGGACUUUGAGACAGUGACCCCCAUCGACUCAACGCGGUGGAAUGCAUUCGACUCGGAGCUCACAGCGGCGUGGCAGGGCUUCAUGGCGGCUGCACUGGACCACGGCACCAAGGCCACGUCACCACAGGCGUACCGCGAGCGCAUCCAGGAUCAGAUCAUCGCCAUCGCCUACUACUGGUGGGUCCUCCUCACACCAGCCAGGCCACAUGGGCAUCCUUAA